UACUAAAAGAAAAGAAGAACUUGGCAAGGCGCCUGCGUCGGAGUCGUCAUUUUUUCGCUUUGAACACCCUACAGCCUUCACUUCUCGCUGUUGAUCCCGACGCCGUAAGUUACGAUGGACGAAAGCGCCAUACCCAAGGAUCUGGCUUCGGUGUUCAGGAUAAUCGAAGAAGACAAGGAUGAUAUGUUGUCCUGGCUGAAGGAAUUGGUUGCCAUUCCUACUGUCUCUGCAGAACUGAGUCACCGCAAGGACAUCAUGCGCCUGAUAGAGCAGACACAAGAGAAGCUGAAGAAACACGGCAUGCACGUCACCCUGGAGCCCCUGGGUGACCAGAAUCUCUCGGACGGCAGCAAGGUACCGUACCCCCCUCUUCUGUUGGCCAGCACCACUCACGACGCCAAGCGGAAGACGCUGUGUGUGUAUGGCCACCUGGACGUCCAGCCUGCGCGCAAGGACGACGGAUGGGAUACGGAACCGUUCCAGCCCGUGGAGAAGGAUGGCCGUCUGUUCGGCCGCGGCACCGCGCACAACAAGGGCCCGCUGACCGCAUGCAUCUGGGCUCUGUGCGCCUACCUGCAGAGCACGGGAAGGCCGCCCCUCAAUGUCAGGAUGCUGAUCGACAGCAUGCAAGAGGUCGACUCGCAGGGCAUAGCCGCUUACCUCAAGUCCAGCAAGAAGAGCGAUCUCCUGGGUGGGAUCGACUAUGUGUGCAUAGCGGAUGGUGUGUGGCUGCGGCCGAAGACGCCAUGCCUCACCUACGCACUCAGGGGUAUAUGCCAUUUUCAAGUCGAGGUGACCUGCGCCGACGCAGACCUUCAUUCGGGAAUCUACGGCGGAACUGUCAUCGAAGCGAUGCCCGACCUGAUGUACCUGCUCAACAGCCUGACUGACGCCGAGGGGCGAAUCAAGGUGCCGGGCAUCUACGACGAAGUGCUGCCCUUGUCGCACGAGGAGCGCAAGGUGUACGAGGGCAUCGAGUUCGACGUUGAACAGUACCGAAAAGAGCUCGGCGUCCCCAGGCUCGCCACAAACGACAAGGUGGAAUUGCUGAUGCGUCGGUGGCGCUAUCCUACGCUCUCCAUCCACGGUGUCGAGGGUGCCCAUUGGUCGUCCGGUGACAAGGCCGUCAUUCCUGCCCGGGUGGUGGGCAAGUUCUCCAUCCGCACCGUGCCGAACCAGAAGGUGCAGAAAGUGCGCGAGUGCGUCGAGAAACACCUGCAGGAACAGUUCACCAGGCGUGGAAGCCCCAACCAAGUCAAGGUCAUCAUGUCGCACUGUGCCGAUCCCUGGUUCACUGAUCCCAGCGGGCCGAACUUUCAAGCCGCCGAGGCCGCCGCGAAAGAUGCGUACGGCGUGGUGCCCGACAAGACACGCGGUGGCUUCACGGUGGGCCCGGCGAAGCUUAUACAAGACCACGUCUGUCGGGACAUGCUCGUGAUGUCCAUCAACCCGCCCGGCUGCGGGUUCCACUCGCAGAACGAGAACAUCAGCGUCGCCGAUCUUGUCUCUGGGGCAAAGCUGUUCGCUGCUUACAUGCACGAGCUGUCCAAGCUGAAGUAAUGAGGCGGCCGGACGCAUGAAUGGACAAUCAUCUGGAACCCAGGCAGUGUGGCGGACUUCGAUCGA